CUGCCUGCGACGCUGGCCAGUCGAUGGCGCCGCUGGAUAAGGCACAAAUCGCCAUAGCCAUCGACCUCGAGCUCUCCCUCUCUCUUUGAUUUUUGAAUGAUUCAGUUCUUCCUUCGAAUCGCGCUUCGUUUCAUUAUAUCACCAUUCUUUUUUGAACACCGUAUCCUUUUGUUGCCAGUGGUUUGUACACUUCGCAGCGUGAGCUAUGGCGUCCUCCAUCGCUUGCGGUUCGGCGCUUAAGAUGGCCACCUUCGAGGGGUUAUCAGCGAAGUCCCUUGGCCUGCGCGGCGUGGAGCCCGCGGGAUCAGUGGAUGUGUUGACCUGGGAGAGUGUCGGGAGGCGUGAGGGCAGGGGGAGCUCCAUCGUGACGGCGGGGUUGAAGGACUUGCGUGACCGGAUUGCGACUGUGAAGAACACGCAGAAGAUCACUGAUGCGAUGAAGCUUGUGGCGGCUGCCAAGGUUCGUCGUGCACAGGAGGCUGUCGUGAACGGCCGCCCGUUUUCGGAGAAUCUGGUGAAGGUUUUGUUCAAUGUCAACGAGCAGCUGACUACUGAGGAUAUCGACAUCCCCUUGACCACCGUGAGGCCUGUGAAGAAGAUCGCUAUUGUCGUAAUCACCGGGGACAGAGGACUGUGCGGAGGUUUCAAUAACUAUAUCUUAAAGAAAGCUGAGCAAAGAAUGGCAGAGCUUCGUGAAAUCGGAGUCUCCUACACUGUUGUGAGUAUUGGAAAGAAAGGAAACAGCUAUUUCAGAAGGCGGCCUCAGAUUCCUGUGGAUAGGUUUUUGGACGCUGGAAAUGCCCCGACCACUAAGGAAGCGCAGGCUGUGGCCGAUGAGCUUUUCGCUCUUUUCGUGUCCGAGGAGGUGGACAAGGUGGAGCUCUUGUACACUCGGUUUGUUUCUCUCAUCAAGUCCGACCCCAUUAUCCACACCUUGUUGCCCCUCUCUCCCCAGGGUGAGGUCUGCGACAUCAGCGGUAACUGCGUGGAUGCAGCUGAUGAUGAAAUGUUCAGGUUAACCACCAAGGAUGGUAAAUUCUCUGUGGAAAGGGAGACUGUGAGGACAGAAACAGUUAAGUUCUCCGGUGUGCUUAUGUUCGAGCAGGAGCCUGUUCAGAUUUUGGAUGCCUUGCUGCCACUAUAUCUCAACUCCCAGAUCCUCAGGGCCCUGCAGGAGUCCAUCGCCAGCGAGCUUGCAGCUCGUAUGAAUGCCAUGAACAACGCAUCCGACAAUGCCGCUGACUUGAAGAAAUCCCUCUCCAUCUCCUACAACAGGCAGCGUCAAGCGAAGAUCACGGGAGAAAUUCUCGAGAUUGUUGCUGGUUCCACGGUUACAGUUUAAACCAGUCGUCUAUUUUGACUGCCUUGAUGUCUCUGUGUGAUUUUUCAGAGGUUGUAGCGUUAUAGUUCUGUUUACUAGGUGGAGAAGAGAAUUCAGUGAUAACUGGCCCUUUAUGUAGAUCGACCGUUGCUUAUUAGAAGCUACGGUGUUUUUCUAACUUCGGCAAUUAAUCCUAGAGCACUGCAGAUUCAUCAAGGUUGAGCCGCUUUGUAGUCUUCAAUUCUUACGAGCAUUUCCUCCCCUCCGUACUGAUUUUAUGCCCUAACUUAGAGAUCUUGUUGGAUCUCUGGGCUGAGGCAUCUGCCCGUGUUCUCUCUGGUUGAAAUACCCAGAUUGAUUAAUACCAAAUCCGUCGAAAAUACCCUAUUGGAAAUUCUGAAUA